AUGGAGUGGCUUUUCGGAAAGCGCAAGACUCCCGAGCAGAUGCUUCGCGAGAACCAGCGAGCCCUCAACAAGGCAAUGAGGGACCUGGAUCGGGAGCGCGCCAAGAUGGAGGCGCAGGAGAAGAAGCUCAUUGCCGACAUCAAAAAGAUGGCCAAAGACAAUCAAAUGGACGCCGUGAAGAUCAUGGCAAAGGACUUGGUGCGGACUCGUCGUUACGUGAAAAAGUUCAUCCUGAUGCGGGCCAACAUUCAGGCAGUGUCGCUCAAGGUGCAGACACUUCGAUCGCAGAACGCCAUGGCGAUGGCGAUGCGCGGCGUCACACGAGCCCUGCAGAACAUGAACCGGCAGAUGAAUCUGCCUCAGAUUCAGAAGAUCAUGCACGAGUUCGAGCGGCAGUCCGACAUGAUGGACAUGAAGGAGGAGAUGAUGAGCGAGGCCAUUGACGACGUGAUUGGCGACGAGGAGGACGAAGAGGAGUCCGACGUGGUGGUCACCCAGAUUCUCGACGAGCUGGGCGUACAGCUGAACCAGAAGCUGGGCGAGCUGCCCACUGCCAACAGCACCAUCGGCGCCACAGCACAGGCCAACAAGCAGCAGAUUCCAGUGGCAGCCGAUGCCGACGCCGACCUGCAGGCUCGUCUGGAGAAUCUGCGAAGAGGCUAG